AUGACCAACCCUGAACAACCUGCUCGUCGUCUGCCUCACAAGAAUGAAAACGUCCAACCCAUUCACCGAUUGGAACUACUAGAAUUGGCGGUCUUGCACUUACUCGAUGUUCAAGCAAGAUCCACAAUCGACGAGAAAAUUGACGACUUGUCAAUACGCUUUAACAGAAAGCUUGAAGAUCUUUCAGCUCAAGUCAAGACCAUCGAAAGCCAGCUAAACGAAGGUGCUGAAACCGUCCAGGAGAGGAUGAAAGCAAUCGAAGAACGAGUUGGAGCACACGAAGUUCAAGAGGAAGCGGAGGCAAUAGACUCAACCGUGGACAAAGUAGUUUAUACCCUCGAUGAAACCGAAAAGAAGGUCGAAAAGCUUAUGCAAGGACGUGAAACGAAUGGUUCGACGCUUCUCAUCGAAGAUCUUAUCCUAAAAGAGGAGGAGACAGAGUUAAAAGGUGCAGAAAUCAGUUCAGAUGGCAAAGGAGCAGACGAAACGGAGGAAACAACUCGGAGCCUCAUUCCCGCGGUCGGCACGCUCGUAAAGAUGUCUGAUCAGCGCGCGCAGAUUAAGGCUGGAAAAGAAUGGAUGGUAGGAUCGGGUAGUUAA